UGUGCCUGGCUGUGUGUGUGUGUGUGUGUCGGUAUCUCUGUGUGCGUGUGGAUUUCUUGACAAUUGCCCAACAUACGUUACCAUGGAAUAUUACCUAGGAGGAUACGUUUAUAUGAAUGGAGAUGCGGUAAAAAUUCAGCCGCCCGUCUACACGAAUGUUCCUGUUGAAACGGCAAUGUUAGCCACCAAUUUGUUUGGCACGCCGACACAAAUCGCGACAGCACCAACAACAGCAGCAGCCACCGCAGCAGCAGCAACAGCAGCCCACAUACCCUUGAUAACAGCAGCAGCAGCAGGUGGAGUUGGAGGAGGAACAACGACAGGAGCAGCAGCAGCAGCAGGAACAGUAGCAUUGCCAGCCUCAGUAGCAACACAGCCCACAGCACAACAACAGCAACAGCAUCCACAACAGCAGCAGCAGCAACAUCCACAGGCACAACAGCAUUUGCAACAACAGCAGCAUCCACAGCUCAUCACGCACGCCUCUCACGCUCACGCUGUGGCAGUUGCAGCCGCAGCAGCAGCCGCACAGCAGCAACACCAACAGCAGCAACAUCAACAGCAGCAGCAACAACAACAAUCAACGCAGAGCAUUCAAACGCCAGUGCAUUUGCUACCGGCACAUCAUCAUCCCGGCGUUGCUCACUUGCAGUACGCUCAGCAGCAACAGUUGUCGUCGUCGAGUGUUGCCGACAGCACAUCAGUGGCAGCAACAGCAAUCGACAGUAGUGAAUACGCCGCUGCCAUCAUGAAUGGAGCAUUGGCUCAGACACCCGAUGGCAAUCUUGUCUGCUACACAACAACAGAGGCGACGGCCCUCGUACCUGGCGUCAACAAUACGAAUUUAGUUGCAAUCGAGCAACAGCAGCAAUCGGUAGAGUUGCUGCAACAACAACAGCAGCAACAGCAACAUCAGCUAGCGGCAGAUGAAUGCGGCAUGCCGCUGGAUAAGCUCAAGCAAAUGCUGGCCACACAGCUUGACUAUUACUUUUGCAGAGAGAAUCUAGCAACGGAUACUUAUCUGGUAUCGCAAAUGGAUAGCGAUCAAUAUGUGCUCAUCAAGACAGUGGCCAAUUUUAAUCUUGUUAAGAAAUUAACCAAGGACAUCAAUUUGAUUACCGAUGUGCUGCGCGAAUCGCCCAACGUUCAGGUGGAUGACGAUGGUUUGCGCGUGCGCCCCAAUCACAAACGUUGCAUCAUCAUUUUGCGCGAAAUAUCCGACAACACGCCACUCGAUGAUGUCAAGGCGCUGUUCAGCAGUGAGCACUGUCCCCGUCCCAUCUCGUGUGAGUUUGCUGCCAACAAUUCAUGGUACAUCACCUUCGAAUCGGAUGAGGAUGCGCAGCGGGCGUAUAAAUAUUUACGGGAGGAGGUCAAGGAGUUUCAGGGUAAACCGAUUAUGGCACGCAUAAAGCCCAAAUCGUUUAUCAAUCGCAUCGCAGCUGUACCAAAUAUCAAGAACGGUUAUCGCCUCAACUCACCCCCAACUGCCGCCGUCUACGAUCCAGCUGCGGCAGCUGGUGCGGCUGCGGCUGCUGCUGCCGCUGCUGCAGCUGCUGCAGUUAGCUACAAUACGGCGCCACAGCGUUUCGUCUAUACUGGAAAUGGUGCAGCCAUAGCACCUACUGCGGUGCCCUACAGCGGCCAGGUCUUGAUCCCCAUUCAGCAGCAGCCGUUCUACGCCGGCCUGAUGGCUGCCCCUUGGCAGACGACUGCUGCUGUGGCAGCCACAGCGGCGCAUGGCCAAAACUUCUAUGAGAUUGGUGGCAAUAUAUUUGCAACCAAUGGGCUAGCACCACAAGCAGUGGCAGCAAAUUUUACGACUGCACCACCGCCGCAACCGCCGCCGCCAGCCACAACACAAAUUGUGAGCAACAAGCCGCAGGGCGGCGGUGGUCGCUACAAUAACAACAGCAACAACAGCGGCAGCAGCAGUAGCAGUCAUCGUGGCAACAAUCCCAAUAGUUUAAGUGCUGCAGCUGCACGUGGCGAGCAACGCAUUAAAGCGCCACGCAACAAUGCGACACAGCAGCAGCAACAGCCACAGCAGCAACAGUUGCAAGGUGGCAACAUUAUAAUGCGUGGCAUUAGCGUGGUGCCAGCAACGAUUGUGGAUCCUCUACAGCAACAACAGUUGCCGUUGCAACAGCCUGGCCAGCAGCAGCAACAGACUGUGCAACAGCAACAGCUGCUAGCUGCUGGCAACACGGUUGCUGCUGCUGGUGGCACCACACGUUACACAUUGAAAACCAACUGGAAGGGUGGCAUGCAAAAGAGUCUGGAGAAGAGCUACAAUCAGAGCCAUCAUCACUAUGCCAACAGCAGUAACCAGUUACAAGCGUUGCAAGUCAACAACAGCAGCAGCAGCAACAAUCAUGGCCAUCAUCAGCAGCAGCAGCAGCCACAACAAACCCACUAUCAAUUGCCUUCCUCAAACGUUGCAAGCGCAACGCAUGCAACAUUAACGCUUGCAGGGCAGCAACAGCAACCGCAACCUGGCCAGCAGCAGCAACUUCAUCAUCUGCUUGUCCAUGCUCAGCCCGUUGUUGAGCUCCAAGAUGCGUUGCCGGGCGUUGAAAAUAUUAUUGUUGUGGAGACAACAACGCAUGGCGGCGCUCGUAGCAACAUCUCCGCCAGCUCCUCAUCCUCGUUGGCCACAUCCAUUGGCGGUGGCGGUGGCGGUGGCAAGGAGCAAUCACAGCCACAACCACAGCUGUUGCACUGGCAGCCACGUCCGCGUCGUCGCCGACGCGAUGAGGAUGGUCUCAGCUACUCACCAGGAGGCGGUCGUGUUAAUUUAUAUGCUGGGUCGCCGCAGCAGCUGCUUUCCUCUUCGUCCGCCUCGUCCAGCAGCAAUGUGCAACAAUCGGCUCGCGAUGGCAGCCACUACAGCACACACGAUGCCACACAGCAGCAGCAGCAACAGUCGGCGGCGCCACCACAGCAACAUCGUGGCAAUUACAAGGGGAACAAUUACAAUCCCAACUAUCAUGCCCAGCAGCAUGCGGCAAAUAUGUCGCAGCAUCACUCAUCACAUCACAGCAGUCAUGGCCACAACACGCUGCAACAGCAAUCCCAGCAGCAGCAACAUCAUUUGCCUGCUUCUGCUGCUGCUGGGCAGCAACAACAACAGCAGCAGCAACAACAACAGCAGAGUUCGGGCCACAGCUAUCAUCAUCAUCAUCAUCACCAUCACCACAAUUCGAUUGGCAGCAACAACAGUCUGGGUAUGAGCAGCAACAGCAACAAUAGUAUUGCUGCUGGCAACAAUAAUAACAGCAGCAGCAACAACAUUGCUGCUGGCAACAACGAACGCAGCUUGCAUCAUGGCGGUGUCAGUCUGGGCUAUCAGGCACACCAGCAACAACUGGACCAGCAGCAACAGCAGCAACACCAACAGCAGCAGCAGCAACACCAACAGCAACAACAGCAGCAGCAAUCAGCUGCCCCAGCACAACCACCGCAAUUUGAUUUGGAGGCAAGCGCUUUUCCGCCGCUGCCCGCCACUUCUGGCCCGUCACACGGUUCAUCCUAUCAUCAUCACAGCAACAAUGCCGCUGCCGCUGGAGCCGCAGCUUCCUCCUCCUCUGCUUCCUCUUCAUCCGCCAACAUGCACAACGCCAACAGCUCAGCGCCAACAACACAAAAGCAGACCAAUCAAAACAGCCAAGCUGCUGCUCAUCAUCAUCAACAUCCAGCUCAGCUGGAGUGUGGUGUGGAGCAGCAGCAGCAGCAACAGCAACAUGCCGACAGCAACAGCAAUGCGCACAGUUCCACCAACAACAACAGCAACAACUCUUCCAACUGGGCUGAGAAUCGUUUGUCGGAUGUGGUGCGCACCGGCAAAGGCAAGGCCAGUCGCAAAGAAGCAGCAGCUGUUGCAGCAGCCAACAGACAGCAGCAACAACAACAACAUUUGGCACAACACUAUCAGCAACAUGUUGUCGUUGUGCCCGCUGAGGAGGCAACGCCGCGCAACAAUACUAAAAACUAUGCUAAGCAGAGCUCUAGCAAUAAUCAUCCCCCCAUCCAUGUGAUAAAGUGUCUAACACCAAAUAUCAAUGCCAGCAACAAGUUGAGCAACAGCAACAACAAUGCGACGACGAUAGCAACACCAACAAUAGCAACAGUUGCUGUUGGCGAGGAUGCUACUGCAGCUGCUGUUGAUAAAUUAAACAAGACUGAGGAUGAAAUGCAUCCAAUACACGCCGGCAACAACAAGCAACAGCAGCAGCAACGCUUUGUCGACUGUUACAACCAACAACAGCAGCAGCAAGGGUUGCCCAUGGGGCACUUGACGAUUUCGGGCGCUGGCGCCUGCAACGUCGCCGUGGCAACCGCAACAGCCGGUCUUCAAGAGCUGCAAAUCAGCAGCGGCAGCAACAAGAAGCCAACCAACAAAAAGGAGCUCAACGCCAGUAACAACAACAAUAACAACAGCAGCAACAACAAUAACAAGGAUGCCAGUGGCAAGCAUAAAAAUGUUGCCACAUCCACAAUCAACUCAAACUCGAAUUCAUCCACGGAGAAUAUUGCUGCUGCCGCUGCGAGCAGCACGGCCAGCAAGCUGAGUUAUGCCCAAGUGGCACAACAUCAUAAGGCAGCUGCCACUGGAGUCAACUCAGAGGCAGCGGCGGCGUCGGUUGGAGGUGGUGGCAAAGAGGGGGGCGGUGGCGCCGCCGCCCUGUUGUCGCCCACGGGCAGCCAAAGCCACAAGCUGGAGCUGGUCUUUGGCGAUGCUGCCACUUCAUCCUCAGUUGCAACUGCAACAGCAACUGCAACAACCGAGAAACGCUUUGCGGCAACAACAACAGCAACUGCAACAGGUGCUGCGACAACUGGUGGCAAGGCAGCCAGCAGCAGCAGCAGCACACAGACAAUAAACCUCAAUCAGCAGACAGGCCAAAGCGGCGCCAAAGAUAAGGACGCCGGCCAUCGUGAAUCGCGACCAAAUGCUGGCCAAUUGACUGGCAGUUCGCGUCACCAGAGUAAGGAGAAACCACCGCAACAUCAACAGCAGCAGCAACAUCAACAACAUCAUCAGCAUUACGGAUCAACAUCAUCAUCGUCAGCAUCCAACAAUACGGAUCAACAUCAUCAUCAUCAUCACACCAAUGCUAAUUCGGGCGGAGGAAAUCGCAAAUCGAGAGCAAAUAAUUCUUAGAAGCAAAGCAAGUCGCCGAAUAUGCGACAAAUGUGAAAAUUACUUUGCUAGGGUGCAUUGCUUCACCCAACUCCUAUGGUAAUCCCGCAACCCCCUCACACCCAUCCCCCACUCCAAUACUAUCCCCGCCCUGGAAAUCAAUCCCAACCCAAACCCAAAUCCUACUGUACAUAAAUUCCAUGUGUAAAUAGCAAACGAAAGCCGUUUUUUGUUAUAUCUAUAUAAGCGCUAUAGAUAUUAUUAUUAUUACUAUUACGAGCUAACCAAGGAGGCAUAUAUAAGUUGUCGUCGUAUGGCUGAAGUUUAAAGAGGGACGAUCAGCUUGGACCAGUUAUCAUAAUAAAUAACACGAGAAGUAGGCAAAAGGAAUAAUGGUGCAUAAUGAAUACACAUACACACAAACACACACAUACACACGCAUGUAUACACACUCACCCAUACAUAAAUACAUAUGUAGAUUAGAGCAACGAUUAGGGAAGGAUUUGGAUUAGCGCAUAUACAAAGAGAGAGAGAGAGAGAAGGAUAAUCAUUAUAUUAUGCCCCAAGCUAAGUUUACGUUUACGAUUAGUGUAAUCUUUAAAUUUUUGGAGUAAGCCAAGUUGUAACCGAUUUGCAAAUGUUAGCUAAAAUAAUAAUAAUAAUUGUAGUAUUAGCAUUAUUAUUAUUAACUUAAAACAAAACUCUCUCAUUAUUUACUCUCAUGUACUGAUGCCAAUCAUGAGUUGUGUUAAUUUUCUUAUAUAUAUUCUCACAUUUCAUUUGCUACCAAAACAAAAAAAUAAGUGCAGAUUUCAAAUAUCUGUCAUAUAUAUAGCCUAUAUGAAGCCCUAUGUUUAUAUAGAUAUAUAUAUAUUUAUAU